GAAAUCAAGCCCGGUAAAAGAUAAUCACCAGGAAACGAGGAAGGAAAGAAGGAGAGCAGAGAGAGUGUGUGAGUGAGGUUCCUUCUUCUCCGAAUCUUUUUCUUUACUAAAAAGCCAGGAGUAGUAUACUAAACAAGAAAGAGAAAUCUCCAGCCUUGUUUUCUUCCUCUCCGUCUGCGUCCUCGGGAAGAAACUAGGGUAGGGUAGGAGGAAAAGCGGAGAGAGGGGACGGGGCCAUGCCCAUGGUGAGGAAGCAUGGAUGGCAACUCCCAGCACACACAUUCCAGAUCGUCGCAAUUACUGUUUUCUUCCUUCUGGUGGUUGCAUUUUAUGCCUUCUUUGCACCGUUUUUGGGAAAGCAAAUCCUUGAGUAUGUCGCAGUCGGUAUCUACACUCCUGUGGCAUUCGCUGUCUUCAUCCUUUAUAUCCGGUGCACUAGUAUAAACCCUGCAGAUCCUGGGAUCAUGUCAAAGUUUGACGAUGGCCAUGUCAAUGCACCAGAAAGUAAUACUGGCUUGCAGGGCACCAAUAUGCCUGCAAAAACUGGCAUUGGUACUGGAACCAACUCCCCAACAUCUACUUGUAGAAGCUCUCUAGAUGGGCGUACUAACCAUGGAGGUUUGGCUGCUGGAGAUACAGAUAUAAAUAUAAGAAUGCAACCACUAAAAAGAAGAUCAGGGUGCUACUUCGGAGGCUUUAUUUGUGCUUUCUUUGUUAAGGAGGAUUGCAGGAAGUCUGAUGAUUCAGAGAAUCAAGUUGAUGCAGAAGAUGCACUGUUUUGCACAUUAUGUAAUGCUGAGGUUCGCAAAUUCAGUAAACAUUGCAGAAGUUGUGACAAGUGUGUGGAUGGAUUUGAUCAUCACUGCCGGUGGCUAAAUAACUGUGUUGGACGCAAGAACUAUUUCACAUUUUUUGCUCUGAUGACUACUAGUCUCCUCUGGCUUGCUAUUGAAGUUGGAGUAGGCAUUGCUGUUCUUGUUAUGUGCUUCGCCAACACGAAUGCAGAAAAAAUUAUUCAAGACAAGCUUGGGAAUGGAUUAACUCGUCUUCCGUUUGCAACUAUCGUAGGAAUAUUUACUCUUCUUUCUCUAGUUGCCUGCGUACCUUUGGGAGAACUCUUCUUCUUCCACAUGCUAUUGAUCAGAAAGGGGAUCACCACUUAUGAAUACGUUGUUGCAAUGAGAGCUAUGAGUGAAGUGCCUCAAGAUGAGGAGGAAGAUGAGAGAGCAAACAUUAUUUACUCCCCAACAAAUUCAGCAACUAGUGGGUUCAGCGGCGGAAGUUCACUUGGUCUUCACUACAAGGGUGCAUGGUGCACACCUCCAAGGAUUUUUGUCGAUCAGGAUGAAGUUAUCCCACAUUUGGAGCGUGGCAUGGCACCAUCUACCGUCGACCCUGAUGCCACUGGACAUGCUGAAAGGCCAAACAAAGCCAAGAGGCAAGUCAAAAUCAGUGCCUGGAAACUUGCAAAGCUGGACGGCAAUGAGGCGAUGAAAGCUGCUGCAAGAGCUCGGGCAUCAUCCUCCGUCCUCCGGCCCGUAGGUGCGCGCGGCCCUGGCUCCACUGGCAACUCGCAUCCUCAGAGUAUCGCGAGCCAGGAUGACUACGAGACCGGCACGCAGAGUGCUAGCAGUUUGAGCAGCCCGGUCCACAUCCACAAGCUUGCACCUCGCACCCAGAUGAAUGUGCCGCCGCCUCGACCGCCGGAGGGGCCUGGUUUUCCAACCACGCAGGCAACAACCAACCCAAUAAUGUUCCGGUCGGCAACAUCCUACGCUCGCGAGAACCGUAGAGCGUCGGUUGUUUGGGAUCAAGAUGCUGGUCGGUAUGUGUCUGUGGCAUCCGCACCUGCAAGACCAGUGGGAGCUGCUGCUGGUUCUUCUACUAGAGCGCCACGUUUCUUGGAAAACCCAAGUGGUGGCAGAAAUCUUGCGCCAAUGAGUGCCGCUUCCUCGGCAUUACCAUCUGGACAGCCAUCUGAGAGACUGGCCUACUCUGGACAGUCGAUAUUCUUGGGCGGGCCGGUUCUGGGUGCUGCUGCUGAAUCUCGAACGAAUGAGGCCAACACAAGAGCACGGCCGGAUGACAGUGGGGAGCUCAACGCCGAUCAGCACCAUGCAAGGGGGAGUGGGGAGAGGGGGCCAACGGCCGAGUCUUUCCCGGCGGGAACAUUUCAAAAGAAACCACCAUUCAACAGGUGAAGCGCAAAGAAACGAUUACGGAUGACAGCGAACCGUCCUGCCAGAUCAUAGCUGCGCCAUGAGGACAUGCCAAGAUAUGUGAGCAAUCACAGGUCCAGUGACUGCAGCUGCAAGCCUAGAAGAAUCUGCUGUCCAUCUUUGGAGUAUGAAAGGGGGAUCAUUUACUGUCAAGUCAUGCAUCUGAAUUGAACAUAACAUUUCUUUCUCAGAAGACCCAGUGACAUAUGAAACCGAAAUCGGGAAACAAAAGCAGAACAGCCAGUUGGCUUCGGUGUAACAAUUUUUGUUCCCUCGUUGUGGUGCUUGGGAGUAGCUUCGUUUAACAGGAAAUUAAAACAUAUCAUGAUAUUUAAGAGCUUCUCCAAGGGAGGCCCCCAAAA